UGUUUAAAUAAAACUGUCGUUGAAGGAUCAACGACUUUUCAUCAUCUUGCUUACUUUAACUAUAUCCAGUCCCUUCCAUUCCUUUCAUUCCCCUCCCUAAAACCACUAUGUUUCACCAUUCACAAAGUUACCCUAAUGCCGAUCCUCACUAUCACAAGCAGCAAACCGACCUUCCAUUCAACCAAUACCCCGCUGAUCAUCAGACACGCCACGAUUACAACCAUUUUUCAGGCGUCCAUUCCGCUAUCCUUGACCCACCCGCUGGUCUUUCACGCGAAACUAUCAUUGAACCGGCAUUGUCAUCGUUGAAAACCUUUUCAGUGGUGCCUCAGAGUAUCUACGGAAUCGAACAAUUGCCACAUGCUUCGCCAAAUGAUACGGUGUCGCGGCCUAUUGCCGAUUUUUUCCAUACGGCAGUGGAAGAUGAUCUCGCGGAGCCUGACACCCGAUCCAUUGAUUGUCCAUUAUCAAUCAAACCUCGAGUUCAUCAUGCCGAUAUUCCUAUCAAAACGCAACAAGCUUAUGCCCAGGUUCCUAUGCCCUCUUCCGCCACCAUCGAGGUAUGCCACGACGCUCCGUAUGCUCGUCCGUCACCGCCAUCUCCGCUUCCUCCACCGCUCAAGAUACCCCUUACCCCUGACUCAUCCAUGUCAACACCGCCAUCGGGAUGCACGACUGGAAGAGCACUGACACCGAAUGCGUUUGCUGCCCCAUCCAGCGCCUUACCUACACCUCAAUCGCUUAGCUCCGCCACUCCAUCUUCCGCGACGCCGAGGUCGGCAGCCACCAAGUCCUCGUCUUCAGCCGCGGGUUCAGAAAUUGAAAGCAUGGUGCAUGAAGGUAUUCGACUCCAUGAACAAGGUCAAGUUGAAAAGGCAACCCAAUUAUUCCGUAUUGCCGCUGAAAAGCAAGAUCCUCUGGGCAUGUUUCUUUACGGUGUGUCGCUCCGUCACGGUUGGGGUUGUAAGCGUAGCGAAAGACUGGCCUUUCAAUACUUGCAAAAAGCGGCGGAACAUGCUGUGUUGGAUCUGAAUAGUUUCUCAUCCACCGUCAACACGUCGGCUUCACAAAGUGAAUUGGUCAUGGCUAUUUACGAAUUGGGGGUGUCGUUCCGUCACGGUUGGGGUUGCAAGAAGAACAAGGAAACAGCUGUGUAUUUUUUCAAGAUUGCGGCGGAUUUAGGCGAUGCCGACGCUCAGAAUGAUUUGGGUCACUGUUAUUACUAUGGUCACGGAGUGAAGAAGGAUCUGUACAUGGCAGCCAAAUAUUAUCGUAAAGCCGACAAGCAAGGACACGGAAUCAUGGGCAACUCUUGGAUCUACAAGACAAAGUAUGAUAAACCCAAACCAUGAACGCGAAAAAUGUUGAUGCCACUCGAUGACACUGUAUCUAACCAGUUGUAUCUCCUUGAAUGCUCUUUUUAAAAUGAGCUUUUUUUGUCGUUUCUUUUUCUGCUCUUCUAUAUAAACUUAUUCACCUUUUUUUUCUCCCAUUUCUUUUUGAAUUUAAUCAUGAUUAUU